AUGUCGAGUGGGAACGGCGAAGAAGUCCUAAAUUCUCGCCAUGCAUGCGCAGCUUGCAAGCAUCAGAGGAGAAAGUGCGAUAACGAUUGCGUAUUUGCUCCACACUUUCCGGCAAACAGGGCACACUAUUUCCGAGAAGUUCACAAGAUUUUUGGAGUAAAAAACGUUACAAAUCUUUUGGAACAUCUUGAUGACAACGACAGGAGAAGGGCUGUCGAGUCCCUCGAAUGGGAAGCUUUUGCAUGGAAGGAAGAUCCUGUUCUAGGGCCUCUAGGGCUUUUUAAAAAGCUGGAGAAAGAGCUUGAAUUGUUAAAAGAACAGCUGAAUAAUCCACAGCCGGUUGUGCCUUACCAAACCAAGUCAGGAUUGAUUGGAUUCAACCACAACUCUGCUGGAUUUGUUGCUAAUGGCGAUGACAUUAGUAUUGCAAAUUUUGGUUAUGCUAAUAGCCCAAAUUUAGGGCUAGAUGUAAACAUGAAUAAUUACGCUGGAUUUUUCCAAAGAGCAGACAAUAUGGAAAACCAAGGAGUAAAUAAUAUUCCUGUUGUUCCCUACUAUCCAAUUCCGGAAGGGCAAGGGAGAUUAGUAAUGCAAGAAAGAGUUCUUGAUCCUGUUGUCCGAACAACACCCGUCUUACCAAAACAAGACGCGCAGAGCAAUCAAAUCAUCGGUUCUUCCAUGAGGCCAGCAUCACAUCAACGAGGAAGCCAGGGAAGAGACCAUGCAUAUUAUGAUGGCUCUGUUAGUGGUCCUCAAGCGAGACGUAUGCAUUGA